AUGCCUUUAAAACCUGACGACAUUUUUGUUGUCAGCUAUCCACGGUCAGGAACAACAUGGACACAAGAGCUAGUUUGGUUAUUAGCAAAUAGCUUAGACUACACUAAAGCUGCAGCCAUACCUCUUUCUGAGCGAUAUACGUUCCUGGAAUUCUCGAUGUUUAUGAAUGACAGUCUACGAGAGAAAUUGCUAAAGAAGAAUUCCGGGAAUGAGGAGAUGAUCAAACAUAUAGAUACAUUGAGCACGCCCGGUUCAGAACUGGUCGCCCGUACACCAUCACCUCGUUUCAUUAAGACCCACUUGCCAAUAUCUCUACUGCCCCCCACUUUGCUCGACUCCACCAAAGUCGUGUACGUGGCACGUGAUCCACGCGAUGUAGCCAUUUCAUAUUUCCAUCAUACGAGGAUGUUUAAAGCGAAUCCAUUUAGCGGCGACUUCAAGACUUUCUGGAAUUUAUUCAUCAGAGGAAUGCUUCGCUGGACACCUUUCUUGGAACACGUAAAGGAGGCGUGGCAGAUGCGAAACCACCCAAACAUGUUAUUUUUAUUCUACGAGGAGCUAUCAAAGGAUUUAUCUGCCACCAUAAGAAAAGUUGCUGAAUUUCUCGGAAAACAAUACAGUGAUGAACAAAUAGAGGAUUUAUGUACACAUCUAAAAUUCGAUAAUUUCAAAAAUAACACUUCUGUUAAUAUGGACCUCGUGGUCUUCACGGAAAACAAAUCUUUCAUUCGGGAAGGGAAAUCAGGAGGCUGGUCCGAGUACUUCGACGAAAAUAUGACUAGGGAGGCCGAGCAGUGGAUUUCUGACAAUUUGCGUGACACCGACUUACGUUUUCCUUCCAUA